CAAAAGUCAGAAUUCAAAUCAGCUUAGGAAAAUGAGGUUUUCUCCUUCAUUUUCUUGCAGUGCCAUGGGAGCCCUAAUCUUGGGUUUUCUUCUUCUUCAAGCAUCAAACUCUAAUGCUCAACUGAGGCCUGAUUUCUAUUCCAGAUCAUGCCCAGGUGUCUUCGAUAUCAUUGGGAACAUCAUCGUUGAUGAAUUGGGCUCUGAUCCUCGUAUUGCCGCUAGCCUCCUUCGCCUUCACUUCCAUGACUGUUUUGUUAAUGGCUGUGAUGCAUCGAUCCUGCUAGACAACUCCACAUCCUUCAGGACAGAGAAAGAUGCUGCUCCAAACGCAAAUUCGGCUAGAGGGUUUGAUGUCAUAGAUAAAAUGAAAACUGAGAUUGAGAGAGUAUGCCCAAGAACGGUGUCUUGUGCAGAUAUUCUCACCAUCGCUUCUCAAAUAUCAGUGAUUUUGUCCGGAGGUCCGUGGUGGCCAGUUCCAUUGGGAAGGAGAGACAGCUUACAAGCUUUCUUCAAUCUGUCUAAUUCAGCUCUUCCUUCUCCAUUUUUCACUCUUGCUGAACUUAAAAAGAGUUUUGCUGAUGUUGGUCUGGAUCGCCCCUCAGAUCUAGUCGCACUUUCUGGUGGUCACACAUUUGGAAGAGCACAAUGUCAGUUUGUGACACCUCGUCUCUACAACUUCAGUGGUACCAAUAUGCCCGACCCGAGUCUAAACCCAAUUUACCGUGACCAACUCCGUCGAAUGUGCCCUCAAAACGGAAAUGGCACUGUUCUGGUCAACUUCGACCCCGAGACUCCAGAUGCUUUCGAUAAUGAAUACUACACCAAUCUUCGUUUCGGGGAAGGACUGAUUCAGAGCGAUCAAGAACUGUUCUCAACUCCAGGAGCAGACACGAUUCCACUAGUGGUGGAAUACAGCAACAACAGGUUCUUGUUCUUUCGAGCAUUCACUGAAGCAAUGAUUCGGAUGGGAAAUCUUAAGCCCUUGACUGGAACUCAAGGCGAGAUAAGAAAGAACUGUAGGGUUGUGAACUCAAGGAUCAGGAGUGUGGAGAAUGAGGAUGACGGUGUUGUGAGUUCGAUUUGAUCAUGUUGGGGAUAUGAAUAUGUAACAAAAUAUAAAAAUGAGUGGGGGACACUAUAUGUAUUUCGACUAAAUAAAUGUUCACACGGGAUAACUAUGAUAUCUGGUCUUACGAAUGUGCCUUCAGUAAGUCUUCAAGUAGCAACCCUCACACUAGUAAAUAAAUUUACAUGUAUUACUUGUUAUUAGCAUAUACUUAGGGCCGGCUAAGAUGAGAUACAAAUGGUGCGACCGUCCUGGAUCCAAGUCCGUGUUCCCUGUAUCUUAUUAAUUAAGGGUCUAAUAUUUUUUAUAUUUACGUAUUGUUAUAUAAAAUUUGAAAAUAUACUUAAAUUUUCAAUAAAAAUAUUAAGAACGUUUUGUCCUGGGGCCUAAAACAUUGUUAACCCGGUCCUGUAUAUACUUGGUUAAUCAAGUACCUACCAAAAUCAAUAUACA